AUGGCGGGCCUAGGCCACGACACCGCGAUCGAAUGGUCCGCAGCGAGCAUAAUUUUCGGCUUGCCCCACCUCGUCGACUCGAUCCUGGACCACGCCACCCGCGUGACGUUGGUCACAUUCAUGCGCGUCAACGAGGACUUGCACAACGAGGCAGGGAAGAGGCUCUACCACACCGUGCGCAUCGAUGGGCACAACAUGGCCGGUUUCUUCCGCGGCGCCAUCGAACCGGACGACGUCGACAGUCAUUGUGUAGUCAGCGCUUCCGACGACUGCAAGCGCGCACCAGAUGAGGACUACUUCGACACGCUUUACCCACCUGUCGAGCUCGCGAAGCAUGGGGCAGAGAGGGGCAAGUUCAAGGCCGCUCUGCUCGCUCGCGUGCGCGUUCUGUCCAUCGGGAGGCACCACACUUGCGUGUGCAACUACUACAGCACGUACGCCAAGAAUCUGCUUUGCAACCUCGACACGCUUCGCUUGGUACCAGCCAUCGAUGCAACGCCCCAACCCUCCACUUGGUGCGACGACACUGAGUACUAUGACGACCACUGUCGCCUGCUUAUGUGCCUCGAACCGCGCAAGAUCGUUUGGCGCAAUCUCGGCGCCAACCCUAUGAUUUUCUUCGACGCCUGGCCUGACGAUCACUUGUUUAAUGCAACCAACCUCAAGGAGGUCGUUGUCGCGUGCUAUGCCGACUUUGCCGAUCAGUUCCUCAUCGAGGACGUGGAGCUCGGUCCCGGCACGAAGGUCAAGGUCAUCUUCAACUGCCAGUGGGAGGAGUGGGCGCCUCGGCCCAGCAGGUUGUAUGACUCCGACUCCGACAUAGGAACUGAGUUCCGCCCUCCCAACCCUCAAAACAUCGUCAAUUCGAUGAUCUACUGGUCUAGCUGUUACGAGCUCCCCUUGGCCGUCGUCGGCCUCGAAACCGUCUCUUUCAUAGGCAGAGGCGGCCUUGUCACUCCACCCGCGACCAUGUCGUCCGCCGAGCAGGUCAAAAAUGCCGGUCAUCAACAGUUCGUCAAGAAUGCGCUCAUCGCGGGGUAUCGCAACAAAGCCCAGGUUCAGAGGGAGGAGGGGAACAAAGCGCCUGACUUCGAGGGCAGCGUGCUGUUCCAGACUCUCGACGAGUACGCCGCCCUCCCCGAGUCGGAGCGCUGCUACGAGCUGCACGACGGCCUGCCGCCACGCCUCGAGUGA